CCCAGGCAGGCACGCGCUCGGUCCGACUGUGGACGUGGACAUCAACGCGGGGGAGAGAGAGGGCCACGGGCGGCCAUAAAUCAAGACGCUCCUUCUUCCCCCCUCCCCCACCCUUCCUCCUUCCCUUCCUCUUCCUCUUCCUCUUCCUUCACUUCCCCAAUUAAGUAACAAACAUGGCAAGCACCUACUCCUCUGUCCCAGCGGGCACCAAGACGCUGAAGCUUAACACGGGCAACGAGAUUCCUGUGCUUGGCUUUGGAACGUGGCAGAGCCCUGCUGGCCAGGUUGAAAAGGCCGUCGAGGCCGCCCUCAAGGCAGGCUACAGGCAUAUUGACUGCGCCUGGAUGUACGGCAACGAGCAGGAGGUGGCCGUGGGCAUCCGCAACUCUGGCGUGCCGCGCAAGGACAUCUUCAUCACCACAAAGAUCUGGGGCACCUACCACCGCCGCGUCGAAGAGGGCCUCGACGACUCGCUCAAGAAGCUUGGCCUCGACUAUGUCGACCUGCUCCUGAUUCACUGGCCUGUCCCCCUCGUGGUCCGAGGCGAGGAGAAGAUUCCCGUGGACGAGAACGGCAAGCGGAUGCUCGACCAGGAACGCAAGCUGAGCGAGACGUGGGCCGACAUGGAAAAGGUGUACGAGUCUGGCAAGGCAAAGGCGAUUGGCAUCUCCAAUGCCUCGCAGGCCCUGCUCGAGGAGCUGCUCCCCAAGGUCAAGGUCGUGCCCGCCGCCAACCAGAUUGAGCUGCACCCCUACCUGCCUCAGCACGACCUCGUCCGCUUCUGCCAGGCCAAGGGCAUCGUCUGCGAGGCCUACUCGCCCCUCGGCUCGACGGGCAGCCCGCUGCUGCAGGAGGACGCGGUGCAGGCGAUUGCAAAGAGCAAGGGCUGCGACCCGGCCCAAGUCGUCAUUUCCUGGGGCGCCCAGCGGGGCGUCGCCGUGCUGCCAAAGAGCGUGACGCCGAGCCGGAUCGAGAGCAACGCAACCUUUGUCGCCCUCGACGAAGACGACAUGCGCAAGCUCAACGAGAUCUACCAGGGAUCUGGCAAGCAGAAGCGCUUUGGUAUGCCUGCUUGGGGCGCUGACUUUAGGUUCGACGACUGGAAGGUGCCCGGCGCAUACACCAUCAAGGUGUGAUUAUCAAUCUUGCCCUCAAACACCCUCGUAGGAGUAGUAGUAGUAGUAGUAGUAGUAGUAGUAGUAGUAGUAGCAGCAGUAGCAGUGACGGUGGUAGCAGUGAAUGCAGCCUUUUCUAUCAAAUUGCCAAAGU